GCGAAACUGCCAAAGUUCCUAUGCCCAUCUGAUAUCCAUAACAAAAGGUUUUGACUUUUCAAUUUAUUAAUCCGAAUCAACCAGUUUACGCGAUUUGUUUUUCUGUGUUUGACCAAUAUUUUACGUUAAUUGCACAAGCUAAUCACGUUUAUUAUUCAUGAUUUCAUUCCAAGCAUGAGCCAGAGCAAGGUAGUAAUUUCUGUUCUUGCCGUUCGAUUCCCUUUUUUCUGAUGAUGUUAUAAGGAGAAUGUUGGGAUCUAUGGUCAUGAUUAACGCUGUAAUAUGGUUCCUUUGAGAUGAGAUUUCCACUGCUCUUCUGCUAUCACAUGAUUCGUAUGAUCUUUUAUUGAGUCACGUUUGUCAUGAUCUGUAUUUGUACGACAUCGUUAUUUUGAUGCAAGUUUCUUGAUGGGGUUGUCCAAAGUUAUGAUUUUUAGGCAAAUAAGAGGGAAAUCGAAGGGGGUGGUUGAGCUUUGAUUUGAAAUGGAGGAAGAUUCAUCGGAGAGGCGGGCUCUCCGCAUGUCGCAGAAGGAGAAGGAGAGGGAACGACGUCGCAUCAGGGACAGACAAAGACGGCAAUCGAUGAGUGCCGAAGAGCGCGCACACCACCUCGCUAGACGUCGGAGGAACUAUCAACUGAGGAGGCAGAGAGCUGAGAAUGCCAGGUUGGUCCCACAAUUUGAGGAGGAGACCACUCAGGUUCAACAUGAGCCGUUGAUUGAAGCGUUUAUUGUAUCUGAUGAUCAAGGGCAUGAUGUAAAGUCUGAGGUGGGUUUGAAACUUCCUCCACAUAUAUUAGCUAUGCUACCCAGAAGGCCUCGUUUGACUCAUUUUAAACAUCUUGCUCGGUCAUUGAAUGAUCAAGUGGGUGAAGAAGUUGCUAGUAACAAUCACAGACUUCAUGUGGAGGUGUUCGUGAAAGAUGGAGAAUCCUAUUGUGGAUCAGUAAAAGCUUUACGAUUAAAUUCUGUUAAGCGACUUGCUCGGGGAAUAAAUGCUACUGUGAUAGAGUCUGCAGAUCAAAACCAUCAAAGUGAAGGUAAACAGAAUGUGCAAUGUGGAGAGAGUCAACUCAAAAGUUGUGAGGUGCUGCAAGGUGUACAGCCUAAUAGUCUUGGUGGUGAAUACAAUCAACUUAGUUAGGAUGGUUAAAGUUCUCUCCUUGCUGAAGAAACGAAAUGUUCUGGUUGGCCAUAUAUAAAGUAUGGCAUUCACUUAGCUCCUCUUCAAAAUUUCUCAAUUGAAGACAUGCUAGACGAAACAAAUGUUAUAGUGUAAAAGAGAAGAGAAUCGCUGUAUGACGAACGAUUUUGAAGAAAACACCAAAGUUGUGGCUCCAUUCACAACGGAGGAGCACGGAGUUCUUCAGAUGCUUUGAAGUUUGAACAUUAUCCAAGAAUUAAACAUGAUGUAUUGACGUUCUUAGUGUUUCUCAGCAGAUUCAGGAAUUUCAGAUAUAUUAAUUACAUUACAUAUCUCAUUAUUAAGCAGAUCUUUAUUACUUUCUUGUUGGUUGCAUUGGUGCAGGGUUUCAAUAGUUUUGCUUCCUCCUGUUCUGUGUUACCAUCUUUUUAAGAUUUUAGCAUCUCUGCUGCUACA